UACGACGUUACAAUUUAAUAAAUAUUAAAUUUUCUCUUCACAAGUCACGGGCCAUUAUAAGUAUCAAAAAUGCCUAGUUUAUAGCCGAUUAACAGUAAAUUCCAUUUUUCUUUUCCCAGUUUAUAAAUGAGCUUUCAUGUGUCUGUUUAGUUUGUUAGUUGUACCCAAAGACUAAACCAAAGUUCCCGUGAAUUCUAUUACUGUGCAAGAGUUUACGAUAAUGUCGAGUUUAAAGAAGUUAUUCACGUGCAACUGCCAUUCAGCUGAGAAAAAGGAAGGGUUUGUUCGUAAGAAUGGCUUACACUCACCCUUCUCGAAAGACCAGAUGAUAACUUUAAUAUUAAUAUUAUACAUCACCAUUGUUCUCUUUUCGACAAUGAUUCCUGCUGCGAAUAAAAACAUUCAACUAAUCGUCACUCCUCUGUUUAUCAUAAGUUUUGGAGUGUUUCUUGGAAGCUUUCUAACUGUUACAUACAUUGAUCCAGUAGAAGAAAAUGUUCAGAAACGACUGGCUUUAUCAGGAGCCAAUAUAACAUACUGCAACAUAUGUACUGCAUUUGUCCAUUCAGAUUCCAGGCAUUGUAGUGACUGCAACAAAUGUAUAUCAGAAUUUGACCAUCAUUGUCCAUGGCUAAAUAACUGUAUAGGGAAAAAGAAUAUGAUCUCUUUCCAGAUAUUCUUGUAUUCAACCCUUAUAUCUUCCUUAUCUGCAUUUAUUUUUGGUUUAAUGGAAGUAAUAGCUUUCUUUAAUGACAAAUUCGCUAAUAUGAUUCAAGAUCAUGACAACUUGCGAGUUUUUGGCUUGGUGGUUCCUUCUGCCUACUGGCUAUUUACCAUAAUUUUGGCAGUCAUUUUAAAUCUCAUUUUUGCUGCUGAAAUGGUAUUAAUGAUUUCAUACCGCAAAUAUUUGGCUAAGUGUAUCAGUGUGAAUUCUGUGCCGAAGAAAUUUUACGAAGUUCGUGCUGAGAAGCAGAAGAUUGUUGCAGAUUAUUUCGCAAUUUUUCCAAGAUAUAUAUCUUCGUUAUUAGCGAUCGAAGCAGUUUUCAAAAAACAACGUCCAAAAUGGGACAAAAUGAGAAAUCACUAA